UUUGAUAGUACUUGGUAUAAAUGUAACUGGUAAUACCGCUUCUCUCUCAUACCCUGAUCACUUCAUAUAACAAGAUGUGGAAGUGCUUGGUCCUCAUUGCUGUGUUUCUUGUCUUCCUCCAAGUUUCAGAAACUGAAGGAUGGUGUGGUCGUCCUCCAGGUUAUGCCCAUUCCAAAACUGUUUGCGAACACAAACACCUGCAUUUACGUUGUGGGAGACAUAGACGAAUUCAUGUGGUCUCUGCAAUGUAUGGGCGAACUAAUAGACAUACGUGUGGACAUGGGCGUGUAGGGACUACAAGUUGCAAAGCAAGCUAUGCGUCUUUUAAAGUUAAAAGAAGAUGCAAUGGGAAACGAUCCUGUCGAAUCAGAGCUUCUAACGGUGUAUUUGGAGAUCCAUGCGUCGGAACCUUUAAAUACCUGAAAGUUCGCUAUCAGUGCAAACGUCCGCGUUAUACCCAUUCCAAAACUGUUUGCGAACACAACCGGUUGCAUUUACGUUGUGGGAGACACAGACGAAUUCAUGUGGUCUCUGCAAUGUAUGGGCGAACUAAUAGACAUACGUGUGGACAUGGACCUAUAGGGACUACAAGUUGUAAAGCAGGGCAUGCGUCUUUUAAAGUUAAAAGAAGAUGCAAUGGGAAACGAUCCUGUCGAAUCAGAGCUUCUAAUGGUGUAUUUGGAGAUCCAUGUGUCGGAACCUUUAAAUACCUGAAAGUUCGCUAUCAGUGCAAACGUAAUCACCGUGGCUGAGCAAAGGAAGAAAUAAGGUGGUGAUAAAAAUUUAAAAAGAGCAUUUCUUUAAUAAUAGUUACCUCUUUUUUAAAAUAAAAGAAGUGAUAGCAAUU